AUGUCUCUGCAUUCCCGCUACCAGCCUCUGCAGGAUCCCAACUCUGAUCUCGACGGCGGAGAUCUUUCGGACGAUGAGAACAUCAACCCUGCCUCUCCACGUACGGGCCCUGACUCAAGCCAACACCGCUUGUUGGGACAAGGCGAUGUUGCUACAGGCAAAGCCUCGCGGUACCUAGACUCUGUCGCCAGCCGUUUCUGUGCGGGCCGCAGACUCACCAAAACUUACAUUGCAUUUUCCGUCCUCAUCCUAGCUGUACUUGCGUCUGCCAUUGGUGGUGGCGGCUACUGGAUUUACACCACAGGCCAACCCUACGGCCAAUCGCCGCCAUGGUAUCCCACCCCCCGAGGAGGCACUCUGUCCUCGUGGCAGCAGAGCUACGACAAGGCUCAGAAGAUGGUUGAGAGGCUGAGUCUUGCGGAGAAGGUCAACAUCACCACCGGCACCGGGUGGGCUAUGGACUUGUGUGUGGGCAAUACCGCGCCUGCAGUCCACGUCGGUUUCCCGGGGCUUUGUUUACAAGACGGUCCCUUGGGAAUACGCUUCGCCGAUCAUGCCACAUCCUUCCCUGCAGGCAUUACUGUAGGUGCAACAUGGAACCGCGAUCUCAUGCGCAGACGCGGUGCUGCUCAUGCCCGCCAGGCUAGGCUGAAAGGAGUCCAUGUGCUUCUCGGACCUGCUAUGGGGCCACUCGGACGCAAUCCCGCCGGAGGCAGAGUCUGGGAGGGGUUCGGCAGUGACCCCGUCCUCCAAGCAGUAGCUGCAUACGAGACAAUACAAGGCAUCCAAUCCCAGGGAGUCAUGGCCACCGCAAAACACUUCGUCGGAAACGAACAGGAACAUUUUAGAAAGUCCUUUGAGUGGGGUCUGCCAGAGGCGCUCUCUUCCAACAUCGAUGAUCGGACGCUGCAUGAGCUGUAUGCCUGGCCCUUCGCCGAGAGCGUGAGGGCUGGUGUGGCCAGCGUCAUGUGCUCCUACCAGAUGGUCAACAACUCGUACGCCUGCGCAAACAGUAAGCUGAUGAAUGGCAUUCUGAAGGAUGAACUUGGUUUCCAAGGCUUUGUGCAAUCUGACUGGUUGGCACAACGCAGCGGUGUCGCCAGUGCCCUUGCAGGCCUGGACAUGUCCAUGCCUGGGGAUGGCCUAUUCUGGCAGGAUGGAAAAGCGCUCUUCGGUGACCAACUUACUGUUGCUGUCUUGAACGAGUCGGUUCCCAUGGCGAGGCUGAAUGACAUGGUCACCCGUAUUGUUGCCGCUUGGUAUCAACUGGGGCAGGACUCUUGGACAUCAGAAGGCCCAAACUUCUCUUCUUGGACCGAUGAAGAGUACGGCUAUCUGCACGCCGGCAGCAGCAGCAAACAAGAUCUGGUCGUCGUCAAUAAAUUUGUCGAGGCCGAGAACGAAGAGAGCCGCACUUUGGCUCGACAAGUUGCUAGUGAGGGCAUAGUGCUGUUGAAGAACUCGGAUUCCAUCUUGCCUCUAAGCCCCACCCUUUCUGAGUUGGGUAUCACUAGCCGGAAGCGAGUGGCUAUUGUCGGCGAAGACGCAGGUCCGGGUAAAGGUCCCAACUAUUGCGAGGAUCGUGGAUGUAAUCAGGGGACUCUGGCCGUGGGUUGGGGCUCGGGAUCAACCGAGUUUACCUACCUGGUCGACCCGCUCUCAGCAUUGAAUGCGAGCUUUGACGAGUCAUCGGUCGAAAUCUUCAGCUCCCUCACCAACAGUGUGUCUUCCAGUAUCAAAAGCAAGCUCAACGAGCAGGACCUUUGCCUGGUCUUUGGGAAUGCAGAUUCUGGCGAAGGCUACCACAUAUGGCAGGGCCAGCGCGCCGAUCGAAGUGAUCUUGAGAUCCAGAAAGGUGGAACUCGGCUCAUUCGCACCGUUGCUGAGGAGUGUGGCGGCCCCGUUGUGGUCGUCAUUCAUUCUGUGGGCCCUGUUGUCAUCGAAGAUUUCGCUGACUUGGAGUCCGUCAAGGCUAUCGUCUUCGCGAAUCUGCCGGGUCAAGAGAGCGGCAACGCGCUUGCCAAUGUCCUUUUUGGACGAACGGACGCUUCAGGGAGACUACCGUAUACCCUGGGGAGAGGCCUUGAGGACUAUGGCCCAGGGGCUCCUGUCCUGUAUUAUCCGAAUGCCAUCAUACCACAGGUUGAUUUCAAGGAAGGGCUGUACAUUGAUUACCGGCAUUUCGAUCAGCACGACAUUGAGCCUCGAUAUCCCUUUGGCUAUGGACUUUCGUUCACCACAUUCGAGCUGUCGGAUUUGGUUGUCACCAGCUUGAAGACCAAGUCUCCUUUGCCUUCGCCUAGGCCCAAAUCAUUGUCCCCGCCAGCUUUUGAUGAGACCUUACCUCCCAUUGAAAGUGCACUUCUCCCAGAGGGUUUCUUGCGGCUUCGCAAAUAUGUCUACCCUUAUAUUUCUAGUGCAAAGCAGGUCAAGAAAGGCAAGUAUCCUUACCCUGACGGUUACGACGUCCACCAGGAGCCUAGCCCGGUUGGAGGUGGUGAAGGAGGCAAUCCGUCCUUGUUCGAAAACCAUGUCAGUGUCCAAGUAGGCGUCACCAACACCGGAGGCCGUACAGGAAAGCUGGUCAUUCAGGUGUACGUGUCCUUCCCUCCGUCGAUUCGGGAACCUUCGACCGGCGAGAUCAUCGACACGCCUGUGAGGGUAUUGCGCAACUUCACCAAGAUCGAACUGGACGCGGGUGCGUCUGAGACUGUCAAUCUCACCUUGACACGCAAAGACCUGAGUUAUUGGUCGGUGGUUCAACAGAAUUGGGUCAUGCCAGAUGGAUUGUUUACCAUCGAAGUCGGGCGCAGCUCACGUGAUCUGCCUCUCCAGGGGCAUUACUGA